AUGUACGUGUGUGUCUAUGAUUCUGUGUGUGUCUGCGUGUUUGUCUAUGUGUGUGUGUAUGUAUGUGUGAACACAGAGAAACAUGAGGCCCCUGUUCCUUCCAGAAGGGCACAGGGGAGGCAGCAGCCCCAGGAGCUCCAGGACAGCGUCUCCACCCUCGGGUCCCUCCCAAGCCCCUCACCCGCCCCUGCCCUCCUCUUCCAACAUCCAGUAAGACGAAUGGAGACCUGCUGUGUGUGCAGUGUUGGUGGGAAUGCUGGUCCAGUUCACACGGAGCUGACAGUCCGUGAGGGGCCAGGCUUCCCACCUUGUUAA